AGUAUUUACCAACAGCAACACAGCCAGAACAACCUUUUAUUGUGCGUCCGUAACAAGUUGUGAUUAAAAUUGUGAUAUAGAUAUUACUGUUGCCGUUUUUGUACAAACAUCUACGAUGGCACCUGAAAUCACGAACUGCUGUGGAUUUAGCUUAAAACAUGGGACCAUUAUUAUUGGAAUUGUACAAAGCGUUCUUGCUUUUAUGUGUUUGAUAUUAACAGCAGCAUACGCAGAACAUCCUCAUGAGUUGUUGGACCUGUCAGAUUCUUCCAUCGUCCCAGAUUUGACAGUUUUAAGGUGUCUUUUGAUUAUCAUCUCCGUCGCUAGUGCUGUGCAGUGUGUUCUGUCUAUUUUGCUUAUUUUCGGGGCUGAAACUAAUCGGCCAGUGCUUUUGAUGCCGUGGUUAAUUUUUAACCCUAUAGCAAUCUUAGUGUAUAUAAUUUCGAUUCUGGUGGCAAUAAUACAUCACACUGGAGAAAACAGCACGUACUUUAUUAUAGGACAUUUGACAGUGGGUACUAUUGUGUGUCUGAUUGCCUUCUACAACGUCAUUGCCGUCCACAGUUUCUACAAACAUCUGAAGAGUUUAAAUUUUUAAACGAAUUUCUAAUCACAGUAUUAUGUUUAAGUAAUAUGACACUAGUUUAUACUCGCGUUAGUUUAAUUUACAAACUAUUUUAAUAAUAAAUAUUGUAUACACAUUACGAAAUAUAACAUAUUUAUCACA